GGAUGGGGCCGGGACAUGGAGACACCGCUGCCGGGGGGGAGCCGGGCGCGGAGCGCGCUGCCGCGGCGGCGGAGGACGCAGCGGGCAUCCCCGGUCCUUUCAGUCCCGCUUCCCCGCGGCCAGGGAGGAAGGAGAGCGAGCGCGGGCCCCGGCUGCUUCAGCGUGACCUCCCGGCCACCUCCAGCCUGUGCUUGCAUGUUCCCCUGCAAGCAGCAGCCUCUGCCAUGUAACAUGACCUGUGCAGCCAGGGCCCAGUGCAGCGCGGCCAUUGAGCUCUCCCUGCACACGAAUCUCCUGCGUGUCUCCCCCUCGCCCCUUUGAAAACUGAUCUUUGGCUCUUAGUGUGAAAGUGAUUUGAAUUUGGCUCGGCGGCGCUCUGCGCAGGCGUCCAGCUGCUGGCAUGCUGGCUCCUUGCAAAGCAGCUGUUUUGGGUUUGAAAUUCCAACAUGGCAGAGGCUGCAGUCAGUCUUCCCUUCAAAAACUUGGAAUGAUUUCAAAUCAUAGGCACCUUCACUUAACCCGAGCCCCCAUUCAUCAGCAAACACAUCGGAUCGAUGCUAUUCUAACCUAUCGGGUGCUUAUACCAAAUCUCCAGGUUAAAUGAAUACCUGACGAAAGGGCCCACGUUUCAAGGCAGUGACAUUUGAUAGCUGAGAGGAAAAGUGGCUUUAAUGAAAAGCAACCUUUGGAAUUCCUGCUUGUGAAAAAUCCAAUUCAGCUUUUUGUGCUGCCAGCAAGAAAUGAUCAGUAGCACCAGUGUUUAUGGCUUGAAGAUGCAGUGGACGCCGGAGCAUGCCCAGUGGCCAGAACAGCACUUUGAUAUCACUUCAACCACCCGGUCUCCUGCCCACAAGGUGGAAGCAUACCGUGGACACCUGCAGCGCACCUAUCAGUAUGCCUGGGCCAAUGAUGACAUCUCUGCUCUGACUGCCUCCAAUCUGUUGAAAAAAUAUGCAGAAAAGUAUUCUGGCAUUUUAGAAGGCCCGGCUGAACGACCCAUCCUUAGUAACUAUUCUGAAGCUCCAUCAGGGCUGGUGAAUGGUCGGAAGAAUGAAAGUGAACCCUGGCAGCCUUCUUUGAAUUCGGAGAGUGUUUAUCCAAUGAACUGUGUCCCUGAUGUUAUUACUGCCAGCAAAGCUGGAGUAAGUACAGCCCUCCCUCCAGCAGAUGUCUCUGCCAGCAUAGGGAGUUCACCUGGGGUGGCCAGUAACCUGACAGAACCUAGUUAUUCUAGUAGUACCUGCGGAAGUCAUACAGUUCCUAGUCUUCAUUCAGGGCUCCCAUCUCAGGAAUAUGCUACAGGAUACAAUGGCUCUUAUUUACAUACUAGCUACAGUGGCCAGCCAGCACCUGCACUUCCUUCACCUCAUCCAUCUCCUUUGCAUAGCUCUGGGCUUUUACAGCCCCCCCCACCACCACCACCGCCACCAGCCCUAGUCCCAGGCUACAAUGGGACUUCUAACCUCUCCAGUUACAGCUAUCCUUCUGCUAGUUAUCCUCCUCAAACUGCCGUUGGUCCUGGGUAUAGCCCUGGCGGUGCACCACCUCCGUCAGCAUACCUGCCUUCAGGAAUUCCUGCUCCUACUCCUUUGCCCCCAACCACUGUACCCAGUUACACUUACCAGAGUCACGGUUUGACACCCAUUGCACCAUCAGCUCUGACAAAUAGUACAGCGAGUUCUCUCAAAAGGAAAGCUUUCUAUAUGGCAGGGCAAGGAGAAAUGGACUCCAGUUAUGGAAAUUACAGCUAUGGCCAACAGAGAUCUACACAGAGUCCGAUGUACAGAAUGCCCGACAACAGCAUUUCAAACGCAAACAGGGGGAAUGGCUUUGACAGAAGUGCUGAAACAUCAUCCUUAGCAUUUAAGCCAACAAAGCAGCUAAUGUCCUCUGAACAGCAAAGGAAAUUCAGCAGCCAGUCCAGUAGGGCUCUGACACCCCCAUCCUAUAGUACUGCUAAAAAUUCAUUGGGAUCAAGAACAAAUGAAUCCUUUGGGAAGUACACCUCCCCUGUAAUGAAUGAACAUGGUGAUGAGCAUAGGCAGCUCCUUCCUCACCCAAUGCAAGGCCCCGGACUUCGUGCAGCUACCUCAUCCAACCACUCUGUGGACGAGCAACUGAAGAAUACUGAUACACACCUCAUUGACCUUGUAACCAAUGAGAUUAUCAACCAAGGACCUCCAGUGGACUGGAAUGACAUUGCUGGCCUAGAUCUGAUAAAGGCUGUCAUUAAAGAGGAGGUUUUAUGGCCAGUAUUGAGGUCAGAUGCAUUCAAUGGACUGACUGCUCUACCUCGGAGCAUUCUUUUAUUUGGACCUCGGGGAACAGGCAAAACAUUAAUGGGCAGAUGCAUAGCUAGUCAGCUAGGGGCUACAUUUUUCAAAAUCACUGGCUCUGGUCUUGUCACAAAGUGGUUAGGGGAAGGAGAGAAAAUAGUUCAUGCUUCCUUCCUUGUGGCAAGGUGUCGCCAACCCUCAGUGAUUUUUGUUAGUGACAUUGAUAUGCUUCUUUCAUCUCAAGUGAGUGAAGAACACAGUCCAGUAAGUCGGAUGAGAACCGAGUUCCUUAUGCAGCUGGACACCGUACUAACUUCUGCUGAGGACCAAAUAGUAGUAAUUUGCGCCACAAGUAAACCAGAAGAAAUAGAUGAAUCUCUUCGAAGGUACUUCAUGAAACGACUUUUAAUCCCACUUCCUGACAGCACAGCGAGGCACCAGAUAAUAGUACAACUGCUCUCACAGCACAAUUACUGUCUCAAUGACAAGGAGGUUGCACUGCUUGUCCAGCGCACAGAAGGCUUUUCUGGACUGGACGUGGCUCACUUGUGUCAGGAAGCAGUGGUAGGCCCGCUCCAUGCCAUGCCAGCCACAGACCUUUCAGCCAUUAUGCCCAGCCAGUUGAGGCCAGUUACAUAUCAAGACUUUGAAAAUGCUUUCUGCAAGAUACAGCCUAGCAUAUCUCAAAAAGAGCUUGAUACAUAUGUUGAAUGGAACAAAAUGUUUGGUUGCAGUCAGUGAUACUACUUUAAAAAAUGUAAUGAAUGUUGGCACACACACAACCUGCUACAUAGGGUAUAGAACCCCUUUUCAGUAGUGUUCAAAUUUCAAAGGGUACUGGGAAGACUACAAUUUACCUUGCCUCUAAAGAGUCAGGGUAGACUUGAAGGAAAAGUGCAUCAAACAAGAGCUGCUGAUCUGAAAAGCCACACAUGACAGAAAGCGUAUGUUGAUGCUCAGUUCUGUUCAAGCUAGACAACACUCGCCAAGGAGCAAGGUGCAAGUGGGUUGAUUUCAGAAGGACAUGAACCCUGUGUGUUGAUUCCAUUCUGCUGUUCUUGAGAUUUAGUUGCUGUCAAGUGCCUGAAGUGGUGCUUUAUUUUUUGUUUGCCUCACAAUUACAUUGGUGGCAUGUGCUAAUAUAAAGAGCUUUAACUUCAAACAUUAUUCGGACUAAAGAGAUGAACGGUUGUGUUGUGACAGAGAACCAGAUUUUUGCUAUUCUAAGAGCAACAGUAUUCCUCAAUCCUGUCUGUUCUGCAGUAUUAAACUAAGAACAGGUAAAACAGGGUAACGGUAAUCUGGACCUUAAUUUCUGCAGUUCAUUUCUUUUAAUGUUCUGUCUGCAAAAACUCAGGAAAGUGAUUGUGAUUUGUACAGUACCUCAAAGGAAUGUGUUGAAAGCACUAUGUACUGCUGAGAGUUAUAGGCUAGGCUUCAAUGUUACUUUAUAUUAAAUAUGUAUGUUUACCUCAACAAUUGGAAAAUGGCAAGGAAAAUUACUUUGAAUGUAUCCGGGAAAAUACUGAAGUGUGAUAUGACUGGAUCUUUACAGCUUUAAAGUAGAAACAGAAGUGUUAAGAAACGGUUCUUUUGCCAAUUUCUGGGAACAGAACAGAACAGAACAGAACAGAAUAAUUCUCUUGUUGGUAAACUGUAAGAGGUUUCAGCAUAUUGCUCCUUUAUAAUUACGCGAUACAGUCUUUAGAAGGUGCACAGAUGAAAAGAGAGCCACUUAAUCAGUUUAUGUUUGCAGCUGGAACAGUCAAAUAUAAGAUUCCAUAGGACUCCGAGAGGCAAAUUACCUUUAAACUAUGACUGCUGGCCUUUUAUUACUUGGCUGUAGUUGUAGUUUUGCGGUUAUUUUGGUAAAACUGUAAGGAAUGGAAUCCUUGUAGGUCAUGGGCAUAGCUAUGGGGUGCAGAACUGUUUAUAGCAAUGCAGUAGACCAUGACCAAACAAACAAUACAAAUAGUAAAGCAAAACUGAACCCUCAAAGUACUUUUAUUUCCCCUCCCAAACUGUAAAGUUUCAUUUUUAUUGUAUCUGUAUGGCUCCAUUGUCUUUAAUGCAAUCUUCAUUUAGCAUCUAUUAGUAAUCUUUUCGGCUGAAGUGUACCCACCAUUAUUGCUACCUCAGUUUUGUUACAUUUCUCUUGGAAAGCAAAGUAAGAAAUAAGACAAAAAAUAAAGUCAGAUUACAUUAGGAAUGCUAACCUGCUAAACGAGUUUCAGAGAUCUGCUGUUUUCUCCUGAAGUCACGUUUCUCUGUACCUUAAGCCCUCCCGGCCCCCUCCCAUACACGUACUAUGGAGUCUUCCUUCUGGAAAGACUAGCUGGCAUGUGUGGCAUUUUGCUCCAUUCUUCCCCUGCCCCACAGUGUCUUUCUUUUUAUCCUUUAAUGCUUUAUGUGCAACUUUUUCAUGACAGCUGACUGAUGUUGGGUAAUGUCUGUGAACAGGAGCAGUGUACGCUGCAGCUGCCCAAAGCCUCUGCCACCGCAUGAGCAGAACAGCCUUGCUUUUUUGAAUGUAUUUUUUGUUGUUGUUGUUUACUUUAAAGAGACAGUAACAAAACUGUUGCAAAGCACUGGCAUUUAAUGUUUCUGUUAAGUAAUGUACAUUCAAAAAUGUUAAAGAAAUGCACUGAAAGCCCCAAGAAGAGAGAUACCAAUCUGUUACCAGAUCCUGUUUGUCUUCUCAAAAAUUGUACAGAUCUCAUCCAUUAUGUUAAAUCAAUUGAAACAUUUAGCAUUUAGAAAGCUAAUGAGGGAUUUCAUGAUACUGCUGGAAAUUUAUGACUCUUGGUUAUUGCCUUCGUUCAUCUUUCUUUUAAUAUAUAAAAUAUAUUUAGGUAGAUAUUGCUUAAAAACAGAGCAAAUAAACCAAAAUUUAAUUUAAGAGGGAUUCCUGGCAAACAUUUUGUCUAACUAAAAUUUAUGUUUUAAAUACGAAAGUACCAUUUUAUAAACAGUGCCUUUCAUUAAGGAUACAGAAAGUAGGACUUAAACACACCACCUGUUUUUACAACAAUGACUAAAACACAAAUUGUUUGUUCUGACCCACUCCUUUCUCUUCCUUUCUUCCCCCCAGACGCCCACCUCAGCCAUUCUACCUUCUUCAUUGUUAUGAAAUUCUGAUAUCCCCAUUAGUUGUAGGUUCAUAUUGAUCUCACUGGCAAGUUUACUUUUGCAGAUCGCUGACCCAUUUUCUGUCUUAGACAUUGCAUUUCAUGUCUUCCAUCAAGCUGUGCUCAUUUUAAAGGUUCAGGCAAAUUUUGACAAACCUACUCUUGAUAAAUCCAUAUAGAAAUGGAUUUUUGUGACUAGUAAAAGUAAUGCCAAAUACUGAACUGCACUAGUGUAUUUUUUUCCUUCUUUUAGUCAAAAACAAAAAAAUAAAUGAAAUUGUAGACGCUUGUUUUGGCUUUCAGCUUUAAUAACUAUCUCUUGAAAAUACACUCUGAAAAAUGGAUUGCUCAAAUAUUAACUAAUGUGACAGACAGGCAGAAGCUGAGGUCAUGUGCGGAUAUGCAUUCCCCAAACACACAAAUUUCAAGCUCUUGAUUCAACCCUGGAGGUACUAGGGGCUGAAAACCCUCCCUUCUCCCCCCCCAUUUGGGGGUGUAUGGUCAGAGCUCUUCUCAAGAGGUUCCCUGGAAAACAGUUGAUGGCACUCCAGAACAGUCUGGCCACAUCCUCUCCCUUUCCUGAAUCUCUUCCAGUCAAGGGACUGAGCAGGCCGUUUCCAGGCCUUUUCCCCUUCCCUUCCCCCCUUCAUGUCCCAGGUUUAGCAGAGGUGUGCAUGCCUUAUCACUCUAGUCCCCUCUAGGUGAAUUUCCUAGCAGGAGGGAAGCAAGCCCCAGGACGUGAGCUUUCAGACCCUGGAAUGUAUCACAAUCAUUUGUGGGGAGGGGGAUAUGAAAAACCCCAGGUGGCAUCCUCAGGCUGCACUAUUUGCUAGUCUUUGAAAUAGCUUUGGUAUUUGGUAUUAGCUGUCUUUUGCAAUUGGUCAGAGCUGGCAGGAGGGAAUGGACUGCAGCUACAGAAGUACAUGAGAAAGAGCAGAGCAGCCAACAGUAUGUUUUCAAGCAUUGGGGCUUUCAUGGAUUUUAAGGACUUUGGGUGAGACCUUUAAUGCACAUUAGCUAUUCUAGCUUAUCAGUAGAAGGUUUAUUUGCCUGUGAUGUCUGUUUGUAGUGUUUGCAACUGAGAAGACCAUUUUACAUCAGCUUAUGCACUUCUUUGCAACUGCAAUAACAAUUCCAACAGCAAAAAAAAAAAAAAAAA